AGUUCCUCUAUAUAAACCUCAUAAAACCAUAGAGUCUUACACAAAAAUCGUUCUUACAUUUCUACCAACAAAGAAAAUCACAAACAUAUAAGAAAAUGGCACCAGCUCGAAACCCAAUAAGUUCUAAACAUGUGGCGGUAAUUGGAGCAGGAGCAGCCGGUCUAGUAGCGGCCAGAGAGCUCCGUCGUGAAGGGCACACCGUCGUUGUCCUUGACCGGGAGAAACAAGUAGGUGGUCUUUGGGUCUACACACCUAAAGUUGAGUCCGACCCGCUUGGUCUAGACCCGACCCGACCUAUAGUCCACUCUAGCGUCUACGAGUCUCUCCGAACCAAUCUCCCAAGAGAAUGUAUGGGUUACAAGGACUAUCCGUUCGUGCCACGUAGCGAUGAUCCGUCGAGAGACUCAAGAAGGUAUCCGAGUCACAAGGAGGUUCUUGCGUACCUUCAAGACUUUGCUACAGAGUUUAACAUAGAGGAGAUGAUCCGGUUCGAGACCGAGGUGGUUCGAGUUGAACCGGUUAACGGGAAAUGGAGGAUCCAGUCUAAAACCGCCGGUAGUUUUACUGACGAUGAGAUCUUUGACGCCGUUGUUGUGUGUUGUGGACAUUUUACAGAACCAAACAUCGCUCAAAUUCCUGGAAUUGAGUCAUGGCCUGGGAGGCAAACCCACAGCCACAGUUAUCGAGUUCCUGAUCCAUUUAAAGAUGAGGUGGUGGUGGUGAUCGGUAAUUUUGCGAGUGGAGCUGAUAUUAGUAGAGACAUAUCUAAAGUCGCAAAAGAAGUUCAUAUCGCAUGUAGAGCAAGUGGACCUGACACAUUCGAAAAGCGUCCCGUACCUAAUAACAAUCUCUGGAUGCACUCUGAGAUAGACACAGCACACGAGGAUGGUACCAUCGUUUUCAAAAAUGGAAAGGUGGUACAAGCCGAUACCAUUGUCCAUUGCACCGGGUACAAAUAUUACUUCCCAUUUCUUGAAACCAAUAAUUACAUGAGGGUUGAUGACAACCGCGUUGAACCUCUCUACAAGCACAUUUUCCCACCAGCGCUUGCUCCCGGGCUAUCCUUCAUUGGGUUACCAGCAAUGGGUCUACAAUUCUAUAUGUUUGAAGUCCAAAGCAAAUGGGUUUCUGCAGUCUUGUCUGGACGUGUUAAACAUCCUUCCGUAGACGAAAUGAUGGAAGAUCUUAAGUUGUCAUAUGAAACACAAGAAGCCUUAGGUAUUCCCAAAAGAUAUACUCAUAAGUUGGGUAAAUCUCAGUGUGAGUACCUUAAUUGGAUAGCAGACCAAUGUGGAUUUCCUCAUGUUGAACAUUGGAGAGAUCAAGAAGUAACUCGCGGUUACAAGAGACUUGGGGAUCAACCAGAGACGUUCCGUGAUGAAUGGGAUGACGAUGAUCUUAUGGAAGAAGCCUAUGAAGAUUUCGCUAGACAAAAUCUUAUUAGUUUUCACCCUUCUCGUUUUCUUGAAUCCGGACGAUGAUGCACAUCGACGACUUGUUUGGAUUGAAGAGGCAUUAAACUGUAAAAAUAAACUGGGGAUGAAAUAAGCAAUAUAUAUAUGAGUGUGAGAGGGUUGCCUUGGCUAAGGCCCGCAGCAAGCCUAUCAUCGUAUACAAGAUUCGCUA